CUUGUAGUGUUUAAGUGGCUGCGUAGAGAUGGGUUCCGCUCUGAUAGUUCGCGACACGUCUCUUGUGUUGUAAACGAGUGCAGCGAGUGAUUAAUAGCCUUGUAUGGGAGCAGAGAGAAAAUUAAUUCGGUUUCAUGCAAUCAAAGGUUGUUUUGGGCUGGAAGGGACCUCAAAGCCCACCCAGUUCCACCCCCCUGCCAUGGGCAGGGACACCUCCCACCAGACCAGGCUGCCCAAAGCCCGAUCCAGCCUGGCCUUGAGCACCUCCAGGGAUGGGGCAUCCACAGCUGCUCUGGGCAUAUGACCAACAGGGGACUUCUCUUCCCUCCUUUACCACGAGCAUGUAAUUAUAAGCUUUAGCCAAGUUACUACCGGAACUAAUGCUUUGUUGAUUUGGUUCUAAAUUCUGUUGGUGCUAUUAAAUUAUUAAUAAAACAUGCCAUUUUAAGCAUCAAGAUAAAAGAACUUAAGUUGAUUGGCCUGAAUGAUCAUGUCUAGAGUGAUUUAUCCGCAAAUCAUUUAUAAAUCUUUUAAUUCAUUAAACCACAAAUCUGACCUUACUGAUGUGUAUUUAAAACAAACAAGUAAAAAGUUUGUGCAUAAGUUGCAAUGUUGAUGUUAAGUCAUGAAAAUAUCAGUGCAUUCAGACUCCAUCCACUUGAUGCUUCGGAGGUGUCUGAACUGUUUUGGUGGUGUCCUUGUAUGUCCUGGGACAGAGCAGAAAAACCGGUUACUGGAAUUAAUCAUUGUCUUUUCUUCUGGUGUUCUCAACGUGAGUGAUGGACACUGCAUGAGGUAUAUUGGAAUCAAGCAAAGCAUACUUGAGUACCCGACGUAUUUUGCAGGAGACCCAAUCAUUACUGACAGAUGGCUCUUGUCAGGGAAUGGCUUCUUUGAGUUGUUGGCAAAGACAAAAAACACUGAAUUCCACAAGUCAUAGUCAUAACAGACAACCUCAUCCUGAAAGUUAAUAUGUGAAAAUAAUAAAUGAAGAAAGCAUUAAUAUUGCAGAGAGGCUGUUAGAUUAAUGGGGGUUCUGCUAGACCCCAUGGAGUUAAUGUGCUGGCUUCCAGCUGAUGCUUUAAAGUUAAGUAACCAAGUAAUACCUUGAAGAUCGGGGAAGCCACAUAAAAGCAUUCACUAGAAAACAGAAAUGUUUCCAUUUGUUGAGGGGCUCUAGAGGGUUAUAGAAGUCAGGUUGUACGUGGCUCAGGGAGUCCCCUGCGUCAAGUAGAAAGCUCAGAUGCUCAUUUUGAUUUUUAUAUUUAUUUAUUUAUUUAUUAUGUUAGCCUGUGAAGUGAAAUCCUGGAGAGUAGAGAGACUGGUGAUCAAGGAGAAAGAAUGUGAUGAAAAUGUUACACUUGUGUCAGACUGUUUUAUGAAAUUAGAAAUUUCCUGAAGUAAAAGGACUCUGAGCCUUGGAAUGGAGGAUUUUCUCAUCUAGAGAGUUAAAGCUGGAAUUGGCUGGUUUUUACACCCUCCUUUCCCCAUAAGCUGGUGAAACGGGUGUGGCAAGGUUGGCAUCUGUUAAAGGAAAGGAAAAAAAAAAAAAAAACUAUUGUUUGUAUCCCAGUAAUCGCUUCAUGGUGGUUUGUUUUAAAAAAUAAAGAAGGCAAUGUUUUGUAAAGGUUUAUGGGAGUGGAAAGAAUUGUGGUUGUAGUUGGAUCUACAAUUGCAUUUAGACCGUUGUAUUCACACAGAUAGCCAGAAAUCUGCAUUUUUAACAUGCUCAAGCUUUUUGAGAGAUUGGUUUUGGGAAAAUCAUUACAAAGUAUCGCAGUGACCCCUUAGUGUUUAUACCAGGACGUCCUUUCCGAGGAAGCAUUCUCUCCUGGAGUGGUAAAUUUGAAACUUUGCCGACUCGAACAUGAGAACAGCAGUCACCUUACAGGUACUCUCCAUCCAGUUUUAUUAAAACCGUGCCUGUCCGACAAGGUAGACGUUAGAAGUCAGAUGACUGAAACACCGGCACAGGGGUCCUAAAGGAUAUGGGUUGCUACAAUUAUUUGAGCAGUCAGAACCGCAGCACUAUUUCAGUUAAAUUUGUCCGGGUGGCUGUUUUCUGCUGUUUUCUCUGCUGUUGCAAAAUAACGGUGUUAUACCAUGAUGCAGCACUGGGGUAGCCCUUACCAUGUCCUUUGUAUUGUGCUGGACGUCUGGAUUCCUGUGCUUCGAGCCACCUCUUUGUACGGCGCCUCGCCGAGUCGGUUUGGUUAGGCUUGUCAAGGAUACUAAUGCCAAGCAGCAAGGAAUCUGGGAUAAUGAAUCAAGUCUGCAUAACACCAGAUGCAAUGCGUGGCCUUUGUUGCAAAUUUAUUCUGUUUUCAUUUGCUUAACCUUUAUGUUGCCAUUUCUACUCGUGCCAAAAAACACAGUCUCUGAACGUGGAAAAACUCAAAAUUCGAUCACUUAGAAACUGCCGCUUAAACGAGUUGGGAUACGUUAAACUUGUCAGAAAAGAGAAGCAAAAUACUUGAAUAAUCAGUGUCUACUGGGAGUAUUAGGCCUUCAGAUGACUGAAUCAUGAAAUGCUAAAAAAAUAACCACCGAUGGAUUAGAGUCUGACAUUAAUUUCUUUGUUGACAAUUGACCCUUGCAUCUGAUCAAACUCCCUACCUGGAAAGUCCUCUAAGGCACUGUGUCUGUUCUGUGAUGGAAGUUGACUUCUUUUGUUUCUUUCAUCCCUUCGUCAGCUUUUGCAUUUUAAAAUGAAUUGGUCUUGCUGAAGAAAUGGCUUGAGCCUCAGUGAAGGAGGCAGCUAGGAAUCGGUGAGGGGUACCAAGAAGCAGGAAUAAGGCUGCAGGAAACUGGCUAAGCAAGUAUUAAGCAUAGAAUCAUUAAGGUUGGAAAAGACCUCCAAGAUCAUCUGGUCAACCAUCCCCCUAUCAUCAAUGUCACCCACUAAACUAUGUCCCUAAGCACCAUGUCCAACCUUUCCUUAAACACCCCCAGGGAUGGUGGGCUGCAUAGGGAACAUUUUUGCUGUACUCUUUGGUGUAUUCUCUCAUAAGGGCUGUAUUUUAUUCUGAUUUGUGUGUGAUGUAUUUUAUUCUGAUCUGUCUCAAAUUUACCCAUUUUUGGACCAAGCCUUGGCUACAGAAUGAAUCAGAAGGAAGAAGUUCUUUGCACAGACUUUAGUGCCACUUCAAUUUUUUGGGAAAAGUCCAAACAUGAGGAAAAACACAGCCUGUUCUCUUUCAAAAAAAUGAGUGGUGGGUUGGCACCAAGCAAAAGCACUGUGUAUGUGUCCAAUUUACCCUUUGCUCUGACCAACAAUGAUCUAUACAGGAUUUUUUCUAAGUAUGGGAAAGUUGUCAAAGUUACUAUUAUGAAAGACAAAGACACCAGGAAGAGCAAAGGAGUUGCCUUUAUUUUGUUUUUGGAUAAAGAAUCUGCACAAAACUGUUCUCGGGCACUUAAUAACAAACAACUGUUUGGAAGAGUAAUAAAAGCAAGUAUUGCCAUUGAUAAUGGAAGAGCAGCAGAAUUCAUUCGCAGGCGCAACUACUUUGAUAAGUCUAAGUGUUAUGAAUGUGGGGAAGCAGGACACUUAAGUUAUGCUUGUCCUAAAAAUAUGCUGGGAGAGCGGGAGCCACCAAAGAAAAAAGAAAAGAAGAAGAGAAAGAAAGCAGUUGAACCAGAAGAAAUUGAGGAGGAAGAAGAAAGUGAAGAGGAAGGAGAAGACCCUGCUCUAGACAGCCUCAGCCAGGCCAUCGCUGUCCAGCAAGCCAAAAUUGAGGAAGAACAACAAAGAUGGACACAGACUGCAGGGGAAUCUUCCAUUUCAGAUGACUCAAAACGUCCACGGAUUAAGAAAAGUGCUUAUUUCAGUGAUGAGGAAGAACUUAGUGAUUAAAAUAAUAUUGUUUUAUAUGCAUAUAUAUAAUAUAUACAGUGUACAUUUUGUAAAGUGCAACAAAGUUAUCUGUAAUACAUGUUUUUCUUGGUGUUGAAGACACUGAAAAUCAUGUUGCAGUUCUACCCUCCCAGCUGAACCUCUCAUUUUUUGAUCUCUCUCUCUCUCUUUCUCUCCCUUCCCCUAACCCCCUUUCUGCCCUCAAGGCAGCUUUUUACAAAACUGAUGUGUUUCUAUGCUUAAAUCCAGAAAAAUAUCAGGGAGAAUGCUUCCUGCAGGUAGUAUCUAGACCUGAAAUGGGAGUAAAAUCUUACAUUAGAGGAGUUCUUAAGAGUUUUCCUAAGAGGACUUCCUCUUAGAUCACUGUUAGCACCUCUGAUGCUUUAUUAGUCCAUUUAUUGUCUGUUUGGAAGCAGUGCUUUAGUAGUGUAUGAAUAAUCUUGCACUAGCUCUCUGCCUAGGGUUGAAUUUCAGCCUUAACUGUUGUACUAGUCUUUUAAGUCUUCAUGCAGUAAUAUAAUAAAUUACUGUUAC